GAGAUCCUGAAUACAGCUAUUCUCACUGGGAAAACAGUGGCUGUCCCUGUCAAAGUGGUCUCCGUGGAAGAUGAUGGGACUGUGACUGAUCUUCUGGAAUCUGUGGAGUGCAGAUCAUCAGAUGAAGAUGUCAUUAAGGUUUCUGACAGAUGUGACUAUGUCUUUGUCAAUGGGAAGGAAAUGAAAGGCAAAGUGAAUGUCAUAGUUAAUUUUACUUACCAGCAUCUGAGUGCUCCUUUAGAAAUGACGGUCUGGGUUCCUCGUCUCCCGCUACAGAUAGAGGUCUCUGACACAGAACUAAAUCAGAUCAAAGGGUGGAGAGUCCCCAUCAUCUCUAGUAAGAGACCAGCCAGAGACAGUGAUGAUGAAGAAGAGGAUGAACGUAAGGGAAGAGGCUGUGCCCUUCAAUACCAACACGCGAUGGUGCGAGUCCUCACACAGUUUGUAGCUGAAGCCUCAGACCCCGGCAGCCAGCUGAGCUAUUUACUGGGUUCUGACUGGCAGAUUGACAUUACCGACCUGGUGAGCGACUUCAUGCAGGUGGAGGAGCCGAGAAUCGCUAAGCUACAGGAUGGACAGGUUUUGAUUGGGCAGGAGCUUGGAAUGACUACCAUUCAGAUAUUGUCCCCCCUUUCAGAUGCUAUCUUGGCUGAGAAGACGGUGACAGUUCUGGACGAGAAGGUGACAAUAACUGACCUGGGAGUGCAGCUGGUGACUGGAUUGUCGCUUUCUCUGCAGCUCAGUCCAGGAAGCAAUAAGGCCAUCUUUGCUACAGCAGUAGCACAAGAGCUGCUCCAAUCUCCAAAGCAGGAAGCAGCCAUCAGCUGCUGGAUCCAGUUCAGUGAUGGAUCUGUCAUGCCCCUGGAUAUUUAUGACUCCAAAGACUUCUCCUUGUCAGCUACAUCUCUGGAUGAGAAAGUGGUUUCCAUUCACCAUGACCCCAAAUUCAAGUGGCCUGUGGUUGCUGCAGAGACAGAAGGCCAGGGGACACUGGUGAAAGUAGAGAUGGUGAUCAGUGAAUCAUGCCAGAAAUCCAAAAGAAAGAGCAUCCUAGCUGUCGGAAGUGGUAGCAUUAAAGUCAAGUUUGGGCAGAGUGAUGCCAACCCUAACAUCAGUGACAGUAAACGCAGGGGUGCUGGUGUCCACCUAGAAAAUCAUGCCAGUGACCGGCGUCAGAAAACCACUUUGCAGGAAAGAUCUGGACUAGAUGGCCAGUAUUACAGCUCCUCAAUGGGCCAUGAGCAAGGCAAAGGAACUACUACUCAAAGGUCUAUUUUAAGCAAAAAAGAAGACAGAGAAAGCCUCCUGGAUGAUGACAGUCAUCUGCAGAACAUCCCAAUAGAUUUCACGAGCUUCCCUGCACAGGUGGAUCUGCCAAGGAACAAUGGAGACUUGGAAGAGAAUGACCUAGUCCAGACUCCUAGGGGACUCAGUGAUCUGGAGAUAGGAAUGUAUGCUCUUCUGGGAGUCUUUUGCCUGGCAAUUCUGGUCUUCCUUAUCAAUUGUGUCACUUUUGCUUUGAAGUACAGAAACAAACAAGUUCCCUUUGAAGAGCAAGAAGGCAUGAGCCACUCUCAUGACUGGGUUGGGCUAAGCAACAGGACAGAACUUCUGGAGAAUCACAUAAAUUUCUCAUGCCAACAAGAUGAACGUAUUACAGCCAUUGACAGAGGAGUGGACUAUGAAGAGAGCAAAUAUCUCCUCAACACAAAUGCCACCAAAAAUAUUAAUGGACAAUCUUUCAGAUCUACUGAGUCCACAUUCACUGAAGGGAAAGAACAGAAAAGUGAACCAACUACUUCUCCUACCUCUAAGAGGAAACGGGUUAAAUUCACCACCUUUACCACCAUCUCCUCUGAUGAUGGGUGUCCAACUGUCAACUCAAUCUUGAUGAGUAGUGAGGAUGACAUUAAAUGGGUCUGCCAGGAUAUGGACCUGGGGGAAUGCAAAGAACUUAAAAACUAUAUGGAGAGGUUACAUGAGAAUGUGUAA